AGCAACAGAGGCAACAUGGCGGCGUCCAGUAACGCGGAGCAUUCUCCAGAGAUAUCGACGCCGUUAAAGAUACCGAAAACCGAGGUGCCAUCCCCCGAGUCGGAGGAUUUGAGUGACAGUAAUCAAUACCACUCCAAUCCCUCGACACCUAACCGCUUCUCGCCUUUGAACGUGGGCUCAGGGACCGCGGGCCGGACGGCGGCCUCAUCCUCCUCCAACAGCUUCACCGCUUGCCGGGGGAUGUCGUGGACCCCGUCGGAGACAAACGCCCUCAUCGCGGUCUGGGGCAACGAGAGGCUGACGGAGGCGAGGAUGCAGCAGCUGGAGGUCGCGGGGACCGUGUUCUCCGGUAAGGCCCCCGGUCCUGCCAUGUACGAGCGGGUGUCCAGAGCCCUGUCGGAGCUGGGAUACGAGAGGACCCCCUCCCAGUGCAGGGAGAGGAUGAAGACGCUCCGGCGCUGUUACAGCCGUGUCAAGGAGCAUGGCAUCGGUAAAAGGAAGAGCAGCUACACUAUAGAGCAGCUGGAGAAGGUGUUUGGUCAGGGAGGCUGGGACUCCCAGAGCUGUGCCCCAGUGCUGAUCAACAGCAGCGGGCUGUAUCAGGAGAUGGAGUCUGAUGGCAGCACCCUGGAAGACUUCUCCCAGGAGGACUGGUGCAACCAGGUGCUGGACUCGGCUUUCCAGGAGGGAGACAUGGAGACUGAAGAAAUCCAGGUGCCUAAAAACAGAGCUCUACAGAUUCAAGCAGAGCUGUCAGAACAAACCCAGAAAAGGGACAUGAUGCAGACUGUGAUGCGUAUCCUUGAGUCAGUGGAGCUGAAAUGGGAACAUUUCCAAACAUGGACUGAGUUUUCACGGCUGCACCUCUCCAACAAACUGGCCAUCUUUGGCGUGGGCUACAACACGCGCUGGCGCGAAGACGUGCGUUACCACUAUGCUGAAAUCAGCUCGCAGGUGCCGCUGGGCAAGAGGCUUCGCGAGUACUUCAACCCAGAGAAGCCCGAGGGCCGUAUCAUCAUGACCAAAGUUCAAAAGAUGAACUGGAAGAAUGUCUACUACAAGUUCCUGGACAUUACUAUCAGCGAGGCGCGCUGCCUGGAGCUGCACAUGGAGGUGGACUGGACCCCCGUAUCCCAGUCCAAGACAGCAAGCUGCAGCAAAGGCACAUCCCACUACCUCCUUCCUGGGGACAUCCCCAAGGCGUAUGGACUCUAUGCUGUUGGCUAUGAGGCUGUGUCGCCCUCUAACGACACCACUCAGACCUCUCCCCAGGGCGACAGUGAAGACCAUAGCUUACCUCAGAGCGAGUCAGAAAAUGCAACUCAGAGUCAGGCUGAUGGAGAAGGAGCAGGGCAGGGUGACAGGACUGGGGCUAAAGUCACUUACUGCUACUUAGGCAUAGCUGAGGAUAGGACCAUACAGCAGUGUCUCUUCCAGCACUUUCAGGGUUCUGGCAAACACUAUGUCCACGGUGAACCGUCCGCUGUGACGCGUUUCCUGCAGGAGAACUGCCGCGGUGGCGUCACAUGUCAGGAUGGUGAGGGAGGUGGAAACUCAUCUCAACGUUUUGCCAUUUACAUAAAAUUCAUUGAGGUGGAGCUGGACUUCCUCUCUGCAGGGUCCCUGGUGGAGUGCCUCGAAACCGCUGUGGGUUAUUCCUUGAAAUACAACAACAAAGAAACAUCAUAACUACGCACCACACUACAGUGUUAAUGAUUUGUAUUCACAGACAUAAUUACCAAGUGUUACAGCCAGUAAGGCAACAAGAAAGGUGACCAGUUCUGUUACAAAGCAUGGAUGUGUGCAAGACUCCAGCAUAUUUUUGCAGUCUUUUCAGCUCCUUCGAUCUGACGUUUCAUUAGAUCCUUCUUAAGUCUAAAAAGAAUGACAGUGCACAAUAUGUCAAUUAUAUUGUGUGGAAACAUGGGAAAAGUAGCUUAACUCUUACAGAACUGCAACAUCCGAGAGAUAUGUACUUGUUAUUUUUAGGCUAAUGUGCACUACGAAGGUUUCUGCUGCUUGUUUAGUGUAGAUAAAUAUUGCCUCAUCAGGGAGCAUGGGGUUGGCAAGGUGACUACUGCAGUAUGCGUCUGUCUACCUCAGUAGGAUGUAGCAAACAAGGCAGCGAGGGGACCAUAGUGUGUAUUUAUUCUGAAACUGCCUUUACUUUGACUGUUGAGGUCUGGACCUGAAUUCGCAGAGCAUCUAAGAGUAACGGUUGAUUUAUGUCUGGUGGUUUGCACGUGUAACUGGGCCGCAGCUAGAGAUGCCUCUUUGCAAUUUAAGGGACAAAAAGCAAAGAAUCAGAAUGGGUCAGUGUGGAUACCUGUUUGUGCAGCAGUGUGAACAUUGGAUGCACUCUGUAACUCUGACCAGCACCGGACACGGUUUGUGCCAGAUGGGUGUGAUUUUCUCUCCAUUUCUGCUCAGCACAUGAAACAACACACGCUGCUUUAGCCAACCCAUGCAUGAUCUCUUCUAACUCUAAUACACAUUCUAAUGCUUGACUAUGUUGGUAAUGUUCAGAGUUUCUUUUUUCUCCUGCACAAACAAAAUCUGCUGUAUACAACACUGAAUUUUGACUUUGUUAAAUAUUCUGAAGUACAGCCAGAUCAGUAAGGAUAUAAUUAAUCUGCUAUUUAUGUGGUUUUGGUGUCACGCUAUCAGCCAAAAUAAGAAAUCCCUGCUAAUACACUGGAGAGUAAAUAUACUAUAAAUAUAUAAAUUGGUGGCCUGUACUUUGGAGCAUCUCUAGCUGCAGUUGUGAGGUUGUGUGUGUAUCAAUAUAUAGCUGUGCUUAUGAAUUACCAGCACCUCCCAGAUACACUGGUAUUUCAAAUGCACCCGUCUCGCAGAUGACACAGAAUCAGCAGGCGUUUGUCUUAAUCUGCUUACGUGCAGGUGUAAACCAGGCCUAAGAGCACUGAUCUACGACUUCUAGUCAGGUUCAGACUAUAAGCUGCAGAGGCGGACUUACUUUUGACCAAUAAUCAAACAUGAUUCCUGAGGUUAUGUGCAAUGUGCCAGGAAAGACUGUGUAGAGAAAAAUCAAACAAUGGAGAAGUCCAUAUUGAAUCUAUGUAUAUGAAAUCUACCUUAUAUAUCUAAAAUAUAUAUAUUUAAGAAUAUCAAUGUUCUCGAGCAUUCCGGCUUUUGCAAACUUGCAAUGUUCAUUUGUUUGGGUAUAUACAGUAUAUAAAGAUAAAUAUGAUAUUUUCUAUUUUAUUGGUUGACACAAUGUCUUGUAUGUGUCUGUUUUGAAGUCACCGUCUUGUAUGUUUACAUGUUUGAGAAACAAUA